AGGAGACAGAGAGGGGACAUUCCCCAUCUUGACGAGCAUAGCGACAGCACUUUAGACACACAGGAAAUGGGAGGUGGGCGAAGACCUGGUCCCCCCAUGGGCUCAUUGGACGAGGACGAUCCCAACAUCCUAUUGGCUAUCCAGCUGUCACUCCAAGAGUCUGGGUUGGCGACGGCCGGGGACACUCCAGAGUUGUUGUCCAAUGAGGCGUCCCUGGGGGCCAUCGGCACCUCCCUCCCGUCCAGACUGGACGCGGAGUCCCAGAGGGUGGAGGUGGGGCCCCGGGGAGCCGUCAGCAGCCAGCGGCUCUAUGAAGGGGUUCCAGGGGUCUAUGCGUUACACCACCACCACUCAUCCCAGCAGCACUACAGCUACCACAAUCUCAACCCGUUCAGGGAGCCUUCUUCAGGCCAGGCUCUGUUCUCAUCCUCCAGUGGUACUACGGACUCCACUACCACCGCAUCAACAGGGCUCCAGGACCCCUCACACCCAAACACCAACCUGCUGGGUAACAUCAUGGCCUGGUUCCAUGACAUGAACCCUCAGAGCAUCACCCUCAUCCCCUCCACCACCACCACCACCACCUCAGACACAGACCUAGACUUCAACAUGGCAGCACAGGCCACGGCCAACACGGCCUCCGAGGUGGAGGAGGAGGAGGUCCAAACUGACCUCCACCAGCCCCGUGCCAAGCCCCAGAAAGGUGAGGCCGAGCUGGGGGACGAUGUGGACUGUUUCCCCUUCCCUUCUCAGGGCCUGGAGGAGAAGGAGGCUGAGAGGGGGAGACCCACCCAUCUAGACCUGACGGUGGGGUCAGAGGUCAUGGCCCCGUCCUACAUGGUGACUACCGGGACAGGGGACCGGGCCGGGGAGAGGAUCGCUGGGGGUUACGUCGUUCACGUUGACACGCCCAUGUGUGACUCUGUGACCUCUGACCUUCUGCCUAGCACCAGCUCUUCAGAAUGGGAGGAGCAGAUACACCUUGUCUGAUUGGUGGGAAAAAUAAAAUCUUAAGUGGGGACGGAGGAGAUACACCUGGUCUGAUUUAUGAUUGGAGGAAAAUUCCGAGUUGGUGGAGCAAAUCCACUUGUUUAUGACUCUGAUUGGAGGAAACAUAUGAGAUGGGAGGAGCAAAGUCUCCUGGUCUGAUAGAAGACAGAAGCCUUCAGAGAGGUCAAACCACUGACAUGCAGAGAGAGAGAGGACCAAUCCUGACUGAGGGGGACAUUACCAAGUAGCCAGUGAUGGUGUUGUGGGGGGGAAUUUAAUCCUGACUUGAUUGUACUGUUAGGAGGAGAUAUAUGAUGAUGGAGUGUAUUUCUCUUUCCAGUGUUUACAAGUACACGUCAAACACUUGAUAGCUGGUCUAUACUGGCAUGAGAUUCCCUCCCCCCGGGGUGAACAACGGGCGGAGGACUGGAUGGACUCCUAAGAAGCGAGAUGGAAGGUGUUUGACUGGGUGUUAUUGGUAUUAUAUUAUUACCCACAAUGGAUAUUUGCUGAAAAAAGAAUGACGAUCAAUUUGCUUCUCUCCGAUGAUCUGUUUUAGAUUACAACAUGAGGUGAUUAUACUGCAUUAUUAUAGUGAAUACAUUUUGCAGGAGUUGUUGAUCUGGUAUUUUUUUUUGUUGAUAUUGAUGAUCCUAUUCUUAAAUGAUUGCCGCUGAAAUAUACUGUAUUGUGUUUGGACUUGGUUCUGAGGGAGGCUGUAGUCAGCUGUACAGGAGAGUUCUGUGGGAGGCUGUAGUAGGCUGUACAGGAGAGUUCUGAGGGAGGCUGUAAUCAGCUGUACAGGAGAGUUCUGUGGGAGGCUGUAGUAGGCUGUACAGGAGAGUUCUGAGGGAGGCUGUAAUCAGCUGUACAAGAGAGUUCUGAGGGAGGCUGUAAUCAGCUGUACAGGAGAGUUCUGAGGGAGGCUGUAAUCAGCUGUACAAGAGAGUUCUGAGGGAGGCUGUAGUCAGCUGUACAGGAGAGUUCUGAGGGAGGCUGUAAUCAGCUGUACAAGAGA